AAUCUUUACAUUACCAUUAACUGAGAACUACACUUCCACACUCCACCAAAAAAUAAGUUGUGCACAAAGUAGCAAGUGGUCUAACAUCCUUCAAUUGGAGUGAGAAAGAAAUGGCCACCAUCACUGCUAGUUCUUCAGCUUCUUUGGUUGCACGUGCUAGUCUCGUGCAAAACAGAAGAGUUGGUGUUUCAUCUUCACUUGUUCUUGGAUUGCCAGCAAUAACAAAGAAGGGGAAAGUAACAUGCUCCAUGGAGAGCAAGCCAUCAAACCAAGAGAGCACCACAAAGAAGAGCAUGGGUGCCUCAUUGUUAGCCGCCGCUGCCGCCGCCACCAUGUCAAGCCCAGCAAUGGCUCUAGUUGAUGACAGAAUGAGCACAGAAGGAACUGGACUUCCCUUUGGACUGAGCAACAAUCUACUUGGUUGGAUCAUAUUUGGUGUCUUUGGACUCAUUUGGGCUCUUUACUUUGUCUAUGUUUCUGGUCUUGAUGAGGAUGAGGAAUCUGGCUUGUCCCUCUAAAUUUAGUCACACCACCCUACUCCACUCAACCAAAUGUAUUUUGAUGUGAAUGUCAUAUGUAUUUGGUGAACUUAUUAUGUUCAAUGUAGAAAAUUAUUACAAGAUAUUGUGGUUUA